GCAGGACGGAAGCCCUCGAGGACCGAAAUCGCUCCGCCCCCUGUUGUAUGCUAAUUAGCCUCAGCCUUAGCCUCAGAGGUACCUUUAAGCUAGCGAGUUACGUCAGCAGGGCACCUCUUUUAACAAUUUAUGCGAACACGUUGACGGUGUCUCAUCGUUUUACAAAACUAAUUGGUAGGCUUUAAUAUUAUGUUUAAUGUUUUAUAUAUUAUUUUGGAGAGUUAGAAAUUCGUUUGUCCCCACCUGACUAAAAUGAUUCGCCAUCUUGAAUUGUGGCGUCCAUGGGAACAGGGCGCGUAGUGUAACAUUUUACAGAUUAGCAACGUAGCUACAGACCACUACACAGGUGAGACCAAUGGGGAAUUUGUCAAACAACUCCAAAAGAGGAAAGGACCUGGGAGACCACAGGAUGACCAAGGUGGAUAACCACACAAUUCUGGCCAUGGUGAAAAAGAAUGUUCACAGCCUUCAGUCAGGGAAGGACAACAGAUGAGGAGCUGCGCUCCCUCAUCGUCCUUCGCCUACAGGUCCUGUGAGGAAAAUGAAAGCUUGUUGGGGAGAUGCAGUCAACAAGAUGACAGUGAGCCAGUGGACAGCAUGUACGACACAGAGGCCGAGCUCCCGGGUUUAGCGCCUGGCAGCGGGGGCGGCGGCGACAGCCCGGAGGACGACGCGGAAGACGCCGUGAUCAACAUGUCCCCCCUGCCCUCACCAACCCCCUCCCACCCAAACAACCAUCACCACCUUCUGCACCCCCACAUCUAUGCCACCCAUCACCACCACCACCACCACCACCACCUCCACAACAACAGCAACAGCAGCAGCAACGACCAGGACUUCAGCACCCCCAAGGAGGGCUCGCCCUACGAGGCACCUGUCUACAUUCCAGAUGACAUACCCAUUCCCAGCGAGCUGGAGCUGCGGGAGUCCUCUGUGCCCGGUGCCGGCCUGGGUGUAUGGGCCAAGGCUCACAUUGGUGCCGGUGAGCGGUUUGGCCUGCACAGCACACUGCAUCAUGAGACCACAGGCAAAGACGGCUCCUUUGGAUGGGAGCAGAUGAUGAAUGACCAUGAAGACACCUCCCCUGACAGCUGUAUCAAGAAGGUGGUGGACGACAUGGGCAACAUCAAGUUUGCGCUGGACACCGGGCCGGAGGCCAGCGGCAGCAGCUGGCUCAAAUACAUCCGCUGCGCUCCUUCGUUCGAGGAGCAGAACCUCGCCGCCUGUCACCUCACGGGAGACCAGAUUUAUUAUAAGGCUGUCCGGGACAUCGAAGCAGGGGAGGAGCUAUUAGUGUAUAUGAAGGACGGUAUUUUCCCCGAGGGAUCCAUGGCACCCAACAUACAAGAUGAGCAGAUGUACCGCUGUGAAGACUGUGACGAGCUCUUCUCCUCGGCCCUGGAGCUGCGGCGGCACCAGAAGUACUCGUGCUCCAGCGCCGGCUCCAUCUUCGACGCGCUGAGGGAGGACUUCAAGCAGGAGCGCGAGGACAGCGACGAGCCCGUCCACGAGUGCAAGGACUGCGAGAAGAUCUUCCCCAACGAGUACAGUUUGGGCCAACAUAUGAUCGUCCACACAGAGGAGAGGGAGUACAAGUGCGACCAGUGUCCCAAAGCCUUCAACUGGAAGUCCAACCUCAUCCGCCACCAGAUGUCACACGACAGCGGCAAACGCUUCGAGUGUGAAAACUGUGAUAAGGUACAGCACACCCGGCACGUCUUCACGGAUCCCAGCAACCUUCAGCGUCACAUCCGCUCGCAGCACGUGGGCGCACGCGCUCACACAUGUCCCGAGUGUGGCAAGACCUUUGCCACCUCGUCGGGCCUCAAGCAGCAUAAGCACAUCCACAGCAGUGUCAAACCUUUUAUCUGCCCUGAUGGGCUGCGUCUUUCUGCUCCCCCAGGCGAGGUGUGCCACAAGUCCUACACCCAGUUCUCCAACCUCUGCCGCCACAAGCGCAUGCACGCUGACUGCCGCACCCAGAUCAAGUGUAAAGACUGUGGGCAGCUGUUCAGCACUACCUCCUCCCUAAACAAGCACCGCCGCUUCUGCGAGGGCAAAAACCAUUACGGCUCCCCUGCAGGGAUGUUCAACCCUGGCAUCCCCAUGAGCUCCAGUCCCAUCAUGGCCAAGGCUAAGUCCCAUCACCCCCACCUCCCAGGCCUCAACCAGUCGGGUCUGGGAUUCACUGACUUCUUUCCCUCUCGGCCUCACCCUCACGCUGGCUUGCCCUUCUCGACGGGGCCCCACGGCUUCCCAUCGCUCCCGCAUGGUUUCCCAGGUAUAUUUCCCCCGUCGCUGUACCCGCGACCACCGUUAUUGCCGGCCAGUCCUCUGAUAAAGAGCCCCCUGGGCAGCAGCAGUCAGGAGGUGAAGCUCCCUCGAAGCCCCCUAGAUCCCCCUCCACUCUCCCUUGUUAGCUCCACAAACAGUAACGGGGCGAACAGUUUGGGUCAGGCGGAGGACAAAGAGAAGGAGAGCAAACUGGACUUGUCUUCGAGUGGAGAGGCCAAGCCCAAAUCUAAGAUGGCAGACACGUCUGACGGCAGCGACCUCGAAGACGUGAACACCACCAGUGGCACCGAUUUGGACACCACUACCGGCACUGCCUCCGGCGACGGUUCGGACCUGGAGAGCGAUGGCGAGAGCGAACGCGAGCGGAGCAGCAAAAGAAGGAAGGCCUCCGGGGGCGCGACGAGCCACGAACGGCAGCAGCUAGAGGACGCCAGCAGCGCGCUGAUGUCGGCCGUGUCCGGUUCAGGGAGCCUUGCCGUCGAUCGCCCCUUUCUCUCCUCUGCGUCGUCCCAGCAUUCCUUUUUCCCACCGCCGGACGAGCAGGCCCUGCCGCCCACCACCAGCAACGCCAACGCGGCCACCACAGAUUCCAUCAAAGCCAUCGCCUCUAUUGCUGAGAAAUAUUUUGGCCCAGGCUUGAUUGGUCUUCAUCAGGAGAAGAAGAUGGGGCCUUUGCCCUACCAUUCCAUGUUUCCCUUCCAGUUCCUGCCCAACUUCCACAACUCCCUCUAUCCCUUCAGCGCCGACCGCGGCGCUCUCAAUCCUAGCAUGUUCUUCAAGGCAGAACCCAAGUCACCUCGCGAGCAGCUGCACAAGAUCGUGUCCGGUGCCCCCGGAGCCGCUGCACCGACAGCAGAGUCGCCGUUCGAUCUCACCACCAAGCCCAAGGAGACCAAGAUGGCCCCUCCGACCCCAACGCACCCUUCAAGCACCAACAACAGCACUGGGAGCAGCAGUGGCUCGUUGGCGAUAUCCAGUGGCGAGGAGCAGCCGCUGGACCUCAGCAUCGGCAGGCGGAGCCGGGACGGUCACAACGGCAUGGCAGCAGAGCCGCAGAACAGGAAGAACCACAUCUAUGGAGUUGGGAAGGGGGCCGUCGUCAAGGACGAGGCCCCGUCUGUGUUCCCACACCCCCAUUCCCACACUCUGCAUCAGUCCUCUAUCGCCCAACACCAGCAGCCCCAGGCACAGCCGCACCAGCCGCCGCCCCUGCACUACGCCAAGCCCUCAGCAUUCUUCAUGGACCCUAUAUACAGCAGGGUGGAAAAGAGGAAGCUACUCGACCCAGUUGGAGCCCUGAAGGAAAAGUUCCUGAGGCCCUCGCCGCCACUCUUCCAUCCACAGAUGUCAGCCAUGGAGAACAUGACGGAGAAGCUGGAGAGCUUCGGGGCUCUGAAACUGGACGCGCCUCCCAAUUCACUGCAGCACUCCGCUCACCCGCUCUUCAACUUCCGCUCGCCACCGCCUUCCCUGUCCGAGGCCAUCCUCCGCAAGGGCAAGGAGCGCUACGCGUGCAGGUACUGUGGGAAAAUCUUUCCUCGAUCGGCAAACCUCACCAGACACCUGCGGACACACACAGGGGAACAACCAUACAGGUGUAAAUACUGUGACCGUUCAUUCAGCAUCUCAUCUAAUCUUCAACGCCACGUUCGCAACAUUCACAACAAGGAGAAACCCUUCAAGUGUCACCUGUGCAACCGCUGCUUCGGUCAGCAAACCAACCUCGACCGCCAUCUCAAGAAGCACGAGCACGAGAACAUUCCUGUGAGCCAACAGUCUGGGAUGUUUUCCAACCUUGGAACCACCAUCUCCUCGCCAAACUCCGAGCCAGACAAUCAUGCACUUUUAGAUGAGAAGGAGGACUCAUACUUCUCAGAAAUCCGCAAUUUCAUUUCCAACAGUGAGAUGAACCAGGCCUCCAGCUCCACGGAUAAAAGAUCCGACCCGGCUGAGGAGGAGCGCCCGCCCAGCCACAGCCUGUCCAACUCCAAGCUCGGACUCCGGGGGCUGGAGGAGGAGGAGGAGGAAGCGGAGGGCGACGAUGAGGAGGAGGAGGAAGGCAGCCUGACAGAGAAGUCGCACGAUGAGGCGCCGGAGUCGCCCUCUCCUGUAACAACAGGAGUGUAUGAAGAGGACGAGGAGGAGGAGGAGGCGGCGCCGUUAGCCAUGAGCUAUGAACACACUCGCAGGUGUAUAGAGGAGGAAGGCUCUCUCUUGGACCUGGAGGGUCUGUCCAGCUUUCCCAAGAGCCUGGACGGUUUACGUAAGGCCGCCAGUGAUGAGCAGCCCUUUGAUGUUAAAGACAUAUUUAACACUUCGCUAGAGUCGGAGGCUUUGAAAGAGACAUUGUACAGGCAGGCUAAAACCCAGGCUUAUGCAAUGAUGCUGUCUCUCUCGGAGAACAACCCUUUGCACGUGCCCUCCCAGAACUCUCUGGACGCUUGGCUGAGCAUGGGAGGCGGCCCGUCUGAGACCAGCAGCUUUCACCCGCUCAACCACAUCUAGACGAGGAGUAGAGAGAGGGUGGGAGAACGGGAGGAACAGCAGUAUCACAAACGGAUAGAAACAAGACACUCAGUGGACAUGAAGACGCAGGAGGAGAAGAUAUCAGUGUCACAUAUAUUCAAGAUAGUGUGUGUGUGUGUGUGUGUGUGUGUGUGUGUGUGUGUGUGUGUGUGUGUGUGUGUGUGUGUGUGUGUGUGUGUGUGUGUGUGUGGAGAGGAUGCGAUUGUCUCUAGGUGAGGGGGUCUCGCAAGACUCUGUCAAAAAGAAAGCACUGCUAAGCUCCUGUUGAUGUGAAGGACAUGAUGAAUGCUUCUCAACAGCACCGAACCUCUGAUCCUCCCCAGAAAGUCCACAAGGCUCAGUCCAGCACCACCGAGGUCCUGCACGGGGCUCUCGUGAAGACACUUAAUGACUAGUAUGUCUCUAAAGUCUGUGUGCACCACCUACUUCAAGCACUGCAGCGUCAGCACUGCAUUAGCACUGCAUGUCCACAAGGUGGUGCUGUUUGUCUCACCGGGAACAUAGUGGGCACGUGCACUAUUGUCUCCAGGUUUCCCCCACAUCAGUGGCGCGCGACUCAUUUACUGACUGCAGAAUCAACGACAGCACCACAUUAAAUGUUACUUGAGGACUUGACGGUUCCAGUAUACUGUUGAUUUUUGAAUGAUCACAUGGACAACGUUCAAUGUCCAAAUGUGCACAGCACCUGGUGAUUUGAUGAGCUCUCUGGGACACCAGCCAUUGUAAUUGGUUACCCAACCUGAUCAUGCUGAAAUUACGUUUGAAUCAUUAAUCAAAACACGAGAAACGUCUUUCUCUGCUUGUUUAUGUUUUGUUGUUUCAUUUAGGUUCUUUACUUUCUUCUAGAUACCACAGUAUUGUUUCUUUGUAGGCACCACAGUGCUAAAAUGUUAAUAUAAUUAUUUUAGAGAAGGACCAAAAUUGUAUGAUACUGUCAUGUACAAAAUAACCUAGAUGUUCAUAGCUGAAGUGGUAUGUGCCAAAUAACCCAUAGAAAACGGUUUUGUUCUCUGACAAUCAUUUCAUUUCCGAGGGGCUUGCGUUCGCUGUCAUACCGUUCUCUCCUAUUACGCUCUUACGUAUUUUUGAUUUCAGACGCGUGUGUAUGUAUUUAUUUUUGGUUGUUUUGUCAUGACUGGAGGAGUGAAAAUGAAGAGACGUCAUUUGAUCUCCCUUGUUGCUGAAGGAAUGAGCGCCUGCCAGAACGCGCGGGAGGUUCCAAAUCCCUGGUUUUGAUGCGUUUUGGUGCCAAAAUAGAAAGAACCCAUGAAAUUAACACUUUUUAUUUAUAGUAAAGUAGCUGUAGUAAGUUUUCAACCCUAUUUGGCUUGUUUUUGUUUUUAUUUCAGUUUGUUUAUUUUACCCAUUAAGCUGAAUGUGUCUUUCUUCAGUUGGUUAGUAUUGGGGCUGGGGGCAACCUUCAACAACUUUCACUAUGAAUGUCAGAAAUGGGCAUUACAUUGUCACACCACUUUGUCUUCUUUCUGUCGCGAAGCUCCUUUUUUUAAAUAUCUGCUUUUGAUUUAAUAGAAUUUGUUUAUCCAACAAGUACUUUUCAAAAUUUGAUAUUCUAUACUACAUGGUCCAAAAGUCUUAAACAUACAGUCACAUCUGCAUGAACAUCUGGUUUUUGCUGCACUGGAGCGCCAGAAUGGCCGCCCAUGCAAGAAGAGAGGCAAGGACUAAUGAAACCAAAAAAAGAGUACGUUAAGUAACAGAUAGUAUUAAAGUGGACGUCAUAUUUCUGCUGGUCAGUCCUUCCAACACGUGUAAAUGUCUAGUUGAUUCUGGAUGGGAAAAAGACUUGAUGAGUUUAAUUAAGCAGUAUUUCCCAUUCUUCUAAGAUCUGAAAACUCAUUCCAUGCGCUCGAUCUACAAGGUAGCUGUGCCACGGAGGGCAUGAGUCAUUUACUGUAGAUAACUGUAGAUAGCUGCAGGGGGCGGGAGGUGAGCAUUGUUGAUCAUUGUUGCCUUGGUCCUCUUUGCAUACUGGGACUUUCACAACUCGAGCUGAUGCUGUAUUUUCAAACGAGCACUUAAACCAUUGGGUCCAAGCCAUAAGUUAAUCAGGCUUAAUUCUGUAGAACGUAUGUCACAGUUACAUUUUCAGACUCUCGGUUGAUGAGCAGCUCACGCUCGAAACGGAGACGGAAGAAGAAUCUGAAACGGAAGCACUGUAAUUUUUCUUGGAGGCAGCAGGUUAUAGUGUGACGCUAGGACUGCUGCAUUAUCUCAUUUUACUAAAGACAGAAGUCUUUUUUUAUAAUUCUACUGAAUGAGAUUUCAUUCAUGAAAAACACAUUAUUUUCCAACUUGUGGUUACAAAAUGUAAAAACUCGGUUCGCUGAGUUUUAGGUUGACUAUAUGUAGUAAUUCAUGUCAUGGACUACUGUAAUGAGUACGCGCUGUUUAGAGCAAAUGAAUCGAAGGCAUUGAAGUAUUCCAUUUUGCCAACUUCAGAAAGUAUUCUGGCAGAUGGUGCUGAAGUAUGUUUCAGCAGAGCAGAACGUGGUUGCUGUUUUCCCCCCACUGUUACAGGAGAAAGUAAAAAUAUACAUAUUGUUCCUUUUUAUCUGUAUAGUAUUUUAAAGAAUGACAAUGGUGCAUUUGUCUGAAGAAAAAAAAAAUCAAUGAAAAAAUAUGGGUUUAAAUGGAUGGUGCUUGUUUUGUUUGAAUCUGAGUUGUAUAUCGCCUCUGUUAUGUUUAUUGAAAACAAACAAAAAAAGAUACUGUGCAUGACGUGUUUAGCGGUCAUAAUGAUGUCCAUUUGUGAAAUGUGUAUUAAAUCAAAAAAUGAGAAAAAAAAGAAAAGAAAAAAAUAAAUUGGUAGAUGCACUUAUUGUACAUGUGGUUAGGUUAGUAGGCUUGACUUCAAGUUCUUGGCUGCCUUACAGAUGUUUGGGCAGGUGGCUCUGAAAGACAUAGACAAGACUUGUGGGAGAAGACAUAAUGAAAAACAAUAAAGGAUUGUAGAAUAAUAUUGAACAAUUCUGAAAUUGCAGUUCUUUUGAUGCUUGUGAUUAUUGAAGAUGUACUUUAGAGAAAUUUCAUUGAAAAGAUAUGACUGAUGUUAAUUCUGUAGAAUAGCAAUGUAUACCAAAUGUAAUCUUUCCAAUGCUAUGAAGAAUUUAUACAUGAAAUUGAUAUGCAAUAAAACCUGUGUGCUUUUUAAAGAA